AUGAAAUAUGAUUUCACUUUUAAAUACGACACAAAUGUCAAGGAGAAGAAUUUGACAUUUGAAUGUCGUAGAAAAUUUGCAUCAAUCGACAACCCUACAUCACAGCUCGUCAAAAAAAUGAGAGUUCUGUUUUUUGUUUCACUGAUGUUCUUUUUCUUAUCAACUGUAUCACCCCAAGCAACUACAAGGAUGACAUUUUUGUGA